AUGGUUGCCGUCGCCAAUCUACCGCAAGUUAUCGUUUCUUGUUUAUACUUUGCUUAUAAUACAGUCUACAUAUCGAUGUUGUCCGCUGAUGAGUUCAGUCGGUUCAGCUCUCAUCGUAAAGCGCUGCGGACUACGAAUCCGAAGGAUGAACAAAGGAGCACGUAUUGGCUCAGCUUGCCAUGGACGUAUGCGCUGCCACUUGCGGUUUGUAGUUCAGUUCUUCAUUGGUUGAUUUCGCAAUCAUUGUUCAUUGCCAGAACUGAAAUCCUCGAGACGUACGGGCAGCCGGAAGAAAUCAGCUAUAUGGAGGUUGGAUACUCCCCGUUGGCAAUUCUUGUGGCGUUGCUGUUUGGGUCGGGAAUGGUGUUGGGAUUGAUUCUGAAUGGACUCAGGAAGUUGAGACAAUGUGUUUUGGUCGGGAAUAACAGUCUGGCGAUUGCGGCUGCUUGUCAAAAGCCCGAGAAAGAUGUUGAUGCCCAACUGAAGAGGGUGCAGUGGGGUGCCGUGAGGCAUCAAGAGGACCAGCGACCCGGGCAUUGCUGUUUUACUAGUGAAGAUGUGGAGACACCUAGGUUCGGAAAUUCAUAUCUAUGA